AUGUACUUCUGCUGGCGCGCGGGUUCUGAUCCGCAGGGGCGCAGGGGGGCGGCGGGCCCAGUCCCCGGGAAUCUGCGGCAGGCGGCCAGCGGGGAGCGCCACUUCCUGCUGCUGCACAGCGACGGGUCCAUCUCCGCGUGCGGGGACAACAGUCGGGGCCAGCUGGGGCUGGGGGACGAGAGGGACCGGGAGCAGCCAGCACCAGUUAAGGCAUUUAAAGUUCUGCGUAUUGGUUUUGUGAGCUGUGGAAAGGAGCACUCUCUGGCUGUCUGCCACAAAGGAAGGGUUUUUGCAUGGGGAGCAGGUUCUGAAGGUCAGCUGGGAGCUGGAGAAGAUAAGAAAAUAAGCCUUGUUCCUGUGGAGAUAAAAACGUUCACUGAUAUAAAAAUAAUACAAGUUUCCUGUGGACACUACCACUGCCUGGCAUUAUCAGAAGAUGGCCAAGUAUUUUCAUGGGGAAACAACAACUAUGGGCAGCUGGGCCUGGGGAAGGUGUCCCCACCCCAAGCAAAACCAAAGAGGGUGGAAUCCCUACUGGGGAUCCCCAUGACUCAGGUAGCUGCCGGAGGGAACCACAGUUUUGCCCUUUCUGUCUCUGGGACUUCAUUUGGAUGGGGAUGGAACAAAGCAGGGCAACUCAACGGGAAUGAAAGCCCAGUGCAAAGCCCCAAAACUCUUUUGAUCGAUGCACUGAAGAAUCUCUGUGUGACUUACAUCAGCUGUGGUCAUGAGCACACCGCUGUCCUGACUCAGAAGGGGAGAAUGUUCACCUUUGGAGACAAUAGCUAUGGACAACUGGGACGCAGCUGCACUGCUGAGAAGAGAGGUCCACAACCUGUGGAAGGGAUUGAUGGGCUUGUUUCUCAGAUCGACUGUGGAAGUUUUCACACCCUUGCAUAUGUCUACACCACUGGUCAAGUGCUAUCUUUUGGUCGUGGACCCAAUCGCACCAGGAAACCAACUCGUUCAGAGACCCCAACAGAAAACUCUGACAUUAGCUGCCUGAUUUCUCCUCAUGAUCUGGCAGGUGGUCAAGUCAAACACAUUUUUGCUGGAACAUAUGCCAACUUUGUGACAACUCAUCAGGAAUGUUCCACAGAUGUUUCCAAGAAAACCCUGGCUGAAAUAAGCCGAAUUAACCAGUCUCUGACAGAGAAAUGGAUAGCAGUGAGAAACAUAGCUGAAGAAAAAGAAGCUGAGAGUGAAAUUAGAACAAUAUUUUCAUCUCCUGCUUGUCUGACUGCAAGUUUUUUAAAGAAAAGAGGAUCUGGAGAAUCACUUUCCAUUGAUGUGGACUUGGAAAUGGCAAGAGAUACCUUUGAGAAGUUAACAAAAAAGACAUGGAUUUCUUCCCUGAUAACUACAUGUCUCCAGAAAGCUCUGCAGACAGAUCUUCCAUGUCGUUCUCCACACCAAGAAGCAUUAUCAGUUUUCCUUCUGCUCCCAGAAUGUCCUGUGCUGCAUGAUUCUAGUAACUGGAAGAGGCUGGUAGUUCCAUUUGCAAAGGCUGUUUGUAAAAUGAGUAGCCAAUCUUUGCUAGUCCUAAAGCAGUGUUGGGCAUCUUUGCAAGACUCUAGUCUCAACACAUUGGUACAGAUGCUUAAAACUGCCAUCAUCGCUCAACUGCAAAACGAAACUGAAGCCCAGCAGGGUUACCCCAAUGCUAAAGCUCUUCUGGAAGUGAUGAAAGAGGUGUAUGAGGUAAACAACAAAGCUAAGUGUCCACUAUCAGAAAAUACUUUCCACAUAAAUGAACUCUCUAAUUGUUUGGACUUUGUUGCUGAUCGAAGAAGACUGUUUAUUAGAGAUAACAUGGAACUUGAAAACUUUACUGAAGUUAUUUUCUGUGAUUUUCCAUUUGUCUUUAAUUUGCUAUCCAAAAUUAAAUUAUUACAUGCUGAGUUCAAGUUUCGCCUGGAGGUGUUAAAUGCAAUUAGAUUUCUUGAUAUCAUGCAAGGAAUCUCGACAAGUCAUAUAUUACCUCUGUAUCUUCUUAAAGUCAGACGUAGUCACCUAGUUGAAGAUACUCUGCGCCAGUUGAGCCAAGCUGAAGAUACUGAUCUCCACAAACAAUUAGUGAUUGAAUUUGUAGAAGAAAUUACUUCCCUGGGUGAAGGAGUAAUAUCCGAGUUCUUCCACUGUAUAUUUGAAGAGAUGACCAAGGUCGAAUAUGGAAUGUUCAUAUAUCCUGAAGAGGGUUCCUACAUGUGGUUUCCUGUUAAUGUAAACAACAAAGCUAAGUGUCCACUAUCAGAAAAUACUUUCCACAUAAAUGAACUCUCUAAUUGUUUCGACUUUGUUGCUGAUCGAAGAAGACUGUUCAUUAGAGAUAACAUGGAACCUGAAAACUUUACUGAAGUUAUUUUCUGUGAUUUUCCAUUUGUCUUUAAUUUGCUAUCCAAAAUUAAAUUAAUACAAGCUGAUUUGACAUUUUGGUGGCCGGCAUCAGAUAGGAAAACAUGUAUUGAUUUCAUACAACAAGGAAUCUUGAUCCCUCCACCACCCCAGUAUAUUCUUAAAGUCAGACGUAGUCACCUAGUUGAAGAUGCUCUGCGCCAGUUGAGCCAAGCUGAAGAUGCUGACCUCCGCAAACAAUUAGUGAUUCAAUUUGUUGAAGAAAUUACUUCUCGGGGUGAAGGAGUAAUAUCCGAGUUCUUCCACUGUAUAUUUGAAGAGAUGACCAAGGUCGAAUACGGAAUGUUCAUAUAUCCCAAAGAAAGUUCCUACAUGUGGUUUCCUGUUAAUGCUACAUUUGAGAAGGAGAGAUAUUACCUCUUUGGAAAGCUGUGUGGACUUUCCCUACUCCAUUUAAAUGUUGCCAAUAUCCCUUUCCCACUGGCUCUGUUUAAGAAACUUUUGGGUCUCAAUCCAUCAUUGGAAGACUUAAAAGAACUCAGUCCUCUUUUGGGGAAGGGCUUGCAAGAAGUUCUACAUUAUGAAGCUGAUGACCUUGGAGAACAAUUUCAGAUAUAUUUUUCUAUACACUGGGACCAAAAUGAUGUGGCUUUAGUUCCAGAUGGAAUCUCUAUACCUGUGGACCAAACCAACAAAAAUGACUAUAUUUCUAAGUGUAUCAACUACAUUUUCAACACUUCUGUAAAGGCAAUUUAUGAGGAAUUUCAGAGAGGAUUUUAUAAAGUCUGUCACAAGGAGAUACUUAGAUUUUUCCAGCCUGAAGAACUAAUGACAGCAAUGAUUGGAAAUACUGAUUUUGACUGGGAACAAUUUGAAAAGAAUUCAAUUUAUGGGUAUGGGUAUCACAAAUCACAUCGUACUAUACAGAUGUUUUGGAAAGCUUUCCACAAAUUAACUUUGGAGGAAAAGAGAAAAUUCUUAUUUUUUCUUACAGGAAAUGAUAGGCUACAUGUAAGAGGCUUGAAGCAGAUGGGAAUCAAAUUUCGCUGUCCUGAUAAUUUAAGUGAAGAAGACGACCCAAGAACACUGACAUGUCAUAAUAUUCUAGACCUCCCCAAAUAUUCUACCAUGAAAAAAGUGAAGAAAGCACUUCGAGACACCAUCAGUAAUAACAGAGGAUUUACAACAACUUAAAGAAUUUAGUGAGGCCUCACUCUCAUGUCCUCUUACCCUUCUAUUCUUUUAUUCUUCCUGAGACCUAAGAGUACCAAGGUUUGUUAGAUUUUAGUGAGAAUUAGCUGAUAAAUGUUGCGAUAAACAAUAAAAUGAUGACUAAGUAACUCGGUCAUUAAUGAGUCAACAUUUCCUAAUUCCUAACUUGCAAUUGCAUUAUUUCCGUUACUGGUCCUUUUUUCUCAAUAGUAAUUGUCGUUUAAAAAUAAACCGAGGGCCUCCAUGGUGGAGCAAGGGGUUCAGACACAACCUAUGAAGCUAUCUGCAGCCUCUACAACACAAGUUCAAUCCCUGGCUGGCCAGGGAGCAACCCUCAUGGCGCAGCAGACCUCUCCUGAUUCACCAGCUGCUUCCCUAGGCAGUUUCCUUCGGUCAAUCUGCCUUUUCUGUUUCCCACUCUGUUUCUGGUGAAUCCACUCAACCCCCCCAUACCUCUGGCCUGUACCUCAGCUCUUGU